AUGAGCAAUCGCACGGAGCAGGAUUACUCCGGUAGUGCCACUCCGGCGCUGCAGCAGCAGAUGAAUUUGGCUCGCAGAGCCUGCUGGAGGCACAAAUCCUCCUUCGGUUCCGAAUUUCCCCCCAAAAGCAAAGCUACGGAAAAUGCUACAAUAGCCACGGAAGCAGCCAGUCGCCUGGAGUUAGUUAAUCCCCGGAUUGCGAAUCAAAUCGAUGCAGAAGCACCACCACCACCACCGAGAGUUGAAGGCAAAGCAAGAAUAGAACCGCAAAUGGCAGCCGCAACACGCAACACAAUCUGGACAUCCGACUGGCGGGGGAUACUCGGCAAAAGGAUGCUGCUCAUCUGCGCCCUCGUCCUGAUCCUUGGCCUCGUCCAGGGGCGGCCCAACACGAGUGCCGUGGGCGUGGCCCGGACCACGGAUGGCCAGGACACCGCGGAUGCAGUCACCCAGCUAAAUCUGCCCCAAACUGCGCCCGUGGAUGUAAAUGUGGAUGUGGGUCUGGAUCCCACGCCAUCGGUGAGAUUGCCACGUUCCGAGGCACUGAAAUCCAGCGACGAGGAUGCGGAGGGCGGCGAGGGUCACAAAAUGGAAAGGUAUCCCCUAUCCAGUGUGGAUUUUGCCCGGGUGAAAACGCCGUUCAUCAUCGGAAUCUGGAUUUUAUCGGCUAGUAUAGCCAAAAUCGGUUUCCAUAUGACGCCCAAGCUGCAUCUAAUAUUUCCGGAGUCGUGCCUGCUGAUUGUGGUGGGCGUGGUCAUCGGGGUGGUGCUCUAUUUUUGCACCGAUGUCGCCGUCUCCCCGCUGACACCGAACACCUUCUUCUUCUAUAUGCUGCCACCGAUUAUCCUGGACGCGGGAUACUUUAUGCCCAAUCGAUUGUUCUUCGACAACCUGGGCACCAUUCUCCUGAUGGCGGUGGUCGGCACCAUCUUCAACAUAGCCACCAUCGGUGGCUCGUUGUACGCCUGCGGAAAGAUGGGAAUUUACGGGGAGGGCGAGACUCCAGGUCUGAUGGACGUAUUCCUGUUUGCCUCCCUGAUAUCCGCCGUGGAUCCGGUGGCCGUUUUGGCCGUAUUCGAGGAGAUACACGUCAACGAGAUCCUGUACAUUGUUGUCUUUGGCGAGUCCUUGCUCAACGAUGCCGUUACGGUUGUUAUGUACCACAUGAUGGAGUCCUACAAUGAGAUUGGCUUGGACAAAAUCAUCGCCCAGGACAUUGCCAGCGGUGUGGGUUCCUUCUUUGUGGUUGCCCUGGGUGGCACUGCCAUAGGCAUCAUCUGGGGCUUCCUUACUGGUUUGGUGACUCGAUUCACGGAUCAUGUGCGUGUCAUAGAACCCAUUUUCAUAUUUGUGAUGGCUUACUUGGCGUAUCUCAAUGCGGAAAUCUUUCACAUGAGCGGCAUUUUAGCCAUCACUUUCUGUGGUAUAACUAUGAAAAACUAUGUGGAAUCGAACAUUUCACAAAAGUCACACACGACUGUUAAAUAUGCCUUGAAGAUGUUGUCCAGUUCGGCGGAGACCAUUAUCUUUAUGUUCCUAGGCGUGGCCACUGUGAACAAUAUGCACGUAUGGAAUACGUGGUUUGUGGUCCUCACCAUUGCCUUCUGUUCGGUGUUUCGUGUUAUAGGUGUCAUUUUGCUUUCGGCCCUUGCCAAUCGCUUCCGCCUGCACAAGUUAUCCAGAGUGGAUCAGUUUGUGAUGUCCUACGGCGGAUUGCGUGGAGCUGUGGCCUUCGCCUUGGUCUUGCUGGUGGAUGAGAAUGUGGUCAAGCAGAAGAACAUGUACGUGACCACAACGAUAGCUGUGAUCUACUUUACCGUCUUCCUGCAAGGCAUCACCAUUAAGCCGCUGGUCAAGAUCCUCAAUGUGAAACGAGCCAACAAGCGCAAGCCAACGAUGAACGAAAGGAUUCAUGAAAGGUUCAUGGACCACUUGAUGGCCGGCAUUGAGGACAUUGUGGGCAAGACGGGCAACUAUAAUGUGCGUGAUAAGUUCAAGCGCUUCGACAAUCGCUUCAUCCGCCCACUGCUGAUCAGAGAUCUCAAGGGCGCUGAGCCGAAGAUUAUUGAGACGUACUCCAAGCUGACGAUGCGCGAUGCCAUGGAGGUGAUGAGGCGGAAUCCAUCCACCAUUGGCCAGAUGACCGGCACCGAAUCGAUGAGCGCCCUGUUCCGGAAUUAUACCAAUAACUAUAUUGGCGGCAGUCCCAGCCUGACAAAUCUAGACAACUCCUGUUCGCGUAAUCUGGACAUGGCUGAGCUGGACUAUAAUCCAUCCAAGAAGGAUCUGACUGAUGCCAGGAUCCACCAUCUUUUGGCCGAAGAACUGAAGCCUUAUAGAAGGGCCUCGAUACAAAUGCACCGUCGUCUUAGUUAUAGCCGACACGCAGUAGAUGACAGAGAUUUGUCCACCCAGGUCAAUUACAAAAUGCAAAUGAACUUUAGGCGCAUGUUCAACGAUCGCAAACAUCACAAACGCAGCAAACGUGGAGCCAGCAAUAAGGAGGCCAAGGAGAACGUUAAGCAGAAUCAUGUCUCGUUCCACGAUUUCCAACAGAACGGCACUACCAAGCAGCUCACCAAUGACUAUAUUAACAAUGUGCUUAAUGAAACAGCCGAGGAGUGCCAACAGAAUCCCAACGAGAUCAAUGUUGUUGGCCCCAGCGACGAUUGGGAUGAUGGCCUGACCUUCACCGCCAAAUCAUCACCUGACUCGGAUCGCGCCAAUAACAAUUCCCUGAUAGCCCACAUCCAAAACCUGCCGGGUUUCGAUGCCUCCAAGGCGCGUAUCGUCGUCCAGCAUUAUGCGCCCAAGGUCGACGACAGUCCGGAAACAGAUAUAGACUCGCCGGAUCAGGCCAUUGGUCCGACGGCCGCCGAGUUGAUAUUGCCGUGGCGGCGGGAUCGUUCAUACCAGAGCAUUGUGGCCGAGCAUCCAAUUCCCGAGGAGGAUCGCAAUCUGUCCCGCGAGUCCGACGGGGAGAGGCGUGUGGCCACGCCCACCGCCACGGAAUCCCAGCUGCCGUGGAAGCGCCAAGGUGACGAGUGCACGGAUGCAGUGCAGCAGAACGAGUUCCCCGCCUGGGCCUCCAACAAGGAGUACUUGGCCUACAAUUCCCCCAGUGCAACAUUCCUAGGUGGUAUAAACAAGCCUAAACAGCCCAAGUCCGUCAUAGGUCUCUUCCGGCGAGAGAGUUCCAGUUCGAAGGCCGGAAGCGUUGGCAUCGGGAGCUCCGGGGCCGUGGACAGCGCCGCCAUAGCCAGUGGCUCGGAUCCGAUGGUGGUGCCACUGGGGGGCAACCAGCCGCCCAACGCUCCAUCCACCUCGAUGCACCACAAUCCUCGGCUGGACAAGCGCUCCCAGUCGAUAUCCUCCGGUUCGCUGGGCGCCGGUGCCCAUCAGCUCGGUCCGGAUGGCCACUCGGGUCCGUUUCCGGUCACCGCCAGCCAUCGGCGGAAUGUUCGCCGGGGCUCCAUGCUGGAGCUGAGCGGACUCAUUGUUACUGGACGCAGGCCCAGUAGAAUUUUGCAAUUAAGUUCGGGAGCAACUAAUUUACUAGAGUCAGCCAAGAUCACAAGUCCUUCUCCUCCACCUCCUUCUACUUCGACAACAACAAGAACAACUACAGUUAAAACAACAACAACAGCCACAUCAACCACCAAGAACAACAACAAGAACACCACCACCACCAACAAUUCAACAGAAACAACAUCAGCAAGCGCUGAUAACUCGACGCCAACUUCCCCGAGAUCGGAGAAUAGCGAACCAUAUACGAACUAUCCAAAAGACACAAUACCCGAGGAGUCGUCCUACCAGCACGGACACUCCAAGUCCCUCUGCGAGCCGGCGGACUCGGAUGACUGGGAGGGAGCACCGCUGGCCGCCGUCGGUGGAGCGAACAGCGAGCGAGUGAUGCGAUCGUCCGGCAGGGAGCCCCUUCUGCCACGCCCCUCCAACACCCCGCGCGCCCAGAUCCGGCGAAUGAACGCGGGGGCGGUGGGCGGGGCAGCAGUUAACCAAGCCGGUCGCAAGAACCAGGUCACCAAGGCUCUGCUGGACUACGAGGACUCGGAAACGGACUCCGAGGAGAACGACGACGACGAUGAGGACGAGGACUUUGAUUCGUACGAUGAUGAGAACAUCGUUGUGACCACCUUUACGACGCCGGCCACGGGCAGACGACCGGGAUCCAGUCCGGGAUCAGGAUCGGAGGCCACGACCACCACCACCAGCAUUCGGCUGACCCGCAACAACGACGAGAGCAUCAUUUGAAAGUCAAGCACGGAUGGCGACGUGGAGGAGGAACUGGAGGAGGAUCCGCCCGGAGAACCACCUUCCCAUAAUCCAAAACGCUCGCGGCGGAUCUUGUUCCCCUACGAGAUGUUCUACUAACACCCCACACACAAAUUAUAUGACCCACUUAGUUUGUAAGCCAAAAGUUGAGAGCAAAUUUGAAAAAUAGUUUCCCUUAAGAAAAUGGUUUAAAACAAAAAGCUUUAUAAUUAUAUUACCACAACAACACAAGAAUCGGACAAAAGUUUAGAUAAGGGAUUAGCAAAAAAUAAUUGUAUAUAAACACAAAAUUUGAACCACUAAUUUCUUCUUGAUCGUUUAAGUCGCUUUUUAAGAUUUUUAACUUCCAUUUUGUGUUUAGUGUUUAGUCCCGAUCAAUUGUUAUUAUACCUAUAUAUUGAAAGGCCUAUUUAGUGAUUACAGCUAAUGUGUUCCAAAAUAGCAAGCAAGCAAAUUAAUUGUGUAAUAACUAACAAAGCGUAGCCAAAGUUCUUAUUAAGCCUAUGACAAAAGUUGAUUUUGUUCGUUUAUAAUUUAGACAAAGUGUACUAAAUUGAAAUCACAUUACGAGAAUGUGUUGCUAACAGUACUUAAGCGCGUACUUAGUUAAAUAACAUAGGAAACCGCAGAGUUUAGUUCAAUUUUAGCCUUAGUUAAUCAACAGUUUAAAGUAAUUUCUGUAUAGCCGCAGAGUCAAAACUAAAAAUAAUACAGCAAAGUAUUUCUCAACUGAAGCUGUAAGUGCAGUUACUCAAACAUUCAUAGAACUUGUAGAAUAACCAUUUAAAUGCAUUUUUAAAUUUAAAGUUCGCUUCGUCAUUUUAAUUUGACUACAUUUUCCACAGAAAAAUAUUCACAGAGACAGUUGAGUAAAUCUUUGGCUGACCUUAACUAUAAAAUAUACACAAAUCAAGUAACUAAUAGUCGACAGGUAAAUAAACAGAGUUAUGUAAUUUAUAAAUUAUUUUUGUAAACAUUUACGAACGAUAAAGAUAAAUAACCCAAUGCCGGAAAUGUCAGAAAGAGCGAGAGUUUUGCGAACGAUUUUGUGUGAAUUUUGAGUGCGUGACUAGGAUUGAGCCAAUCGAAGUAUAAAAAGAAUGGAUUAACGUGCUCAAACCCAAGUAAAAUACCUAGAACUAGAUGAAUAAAGAUAAAUUCACUAUGCUGACGUAGAUUUGAAAAUGCAUUAGAAGAAUAAACCCCAAUUACCAGACCAGAGCGAAAUGGGACACACGGAGCCAACUGAGGACACAGUAGCCAAUAUUCAGGAUGGGAAAUAUUCUGGAACCUACCUACCUAAAAUAUUUGCGGGGACUGCUAGCGGUAAUUCGUGGAAGUGGAACACAUACCUACCUACUACGAGUAAUAUAAAAA